AUGGUUCUUCACCGUCAACAAGCCCAGUUCGACAGGGCAAGAUGGCGCAUGGCGCUAUUGGUCCCUUUCUGGAUUCUUCAACUCUUGGUACUUCUUGCCGUCAUUGGCCUUUUCUCAUGGCGCCUAUCAGACACUUUAAUGAACUGGGAUACUGAGGUGGAAUCAAAGGGCAUGUUCCCUACGGUCGAGGUUGUAUGGGAGUCUGUUAACAUUGGCUUCUCUUUGAUCUGUCUCGUCUCCACGUUUUACGAAGUUUCCAGACUCGCCGCCGAGACAUUAACGCCAUGGACUAUGCUCUUCACCCAUGUCCUCAAGUUUGUUUGUUCUUUGGCGACGCUGGCCCUUGACAUUGUGGUGUUUGUGCAGAGAAAAGACAGCCAUUACUCUGUAAUUGGUCUCAGUUUAGACUGCUUUCUCAUUCUCCUCAUCUCCAUCCCUGGCGUUUACUCGAUCCUGACGUACCACCGACUUUCCAAAUACGACGACUACCACUACCCCGUCAACCACAAACCAUAUGGCUUCAACGACCUCGAGCAAAGCACAUCUUACAACAGCCGUCUAUCCAUUGGCGGACUAAGCUUGAGCGAGCGAUCACUCCGACGAGUCUCCACGUCAUCUAUCAAGAGCGGAAACAGCACGCCUAACGGCCUGCAGCCCCAACAGCAGCAGCAGCAGUUCGAGCCAAAGCCCGUGCAGCGUACGCAGUCACAGUACAACAACGAGCGAGACACGCAAUUUGACCGCUACAUGAUCGAGCGUGCCAUGACCAGCGAGUUCGGCUGGCCUAGCAGUCCCGGCAGCGACAACAACCUUGGCCGCAGCGACAGCUUCGUUGGCAGCGGGUCCGUGACAAACGGGAAGGUCGUGACUCGGGAGAGCAUGGGACGCGCGCCGAGCUGGGGCAGCUCGCACGUGCUGGUUGCUGUGCCGGAGAUGGACGAAGAUGACGCCCCUGGUCACGGCGACAGACAGGCCCUGCUGGGUUACAAGAGACAGGACAGCGACGACAGUGAUAGAAACGGCAGCCCCUCGUCGUACCAGGCAUACAAGCCCCCUUCGACACGCACAGAGGUGCCCAGAAUCGAGGUCGAGGAGUCGGACAUUACCGGAGGGCAUGCCGGGGACUACGAGCGCAAGAGGAAGAGGAGCCAGUGA